AUGCCAAACGUGAAGCGGCUCAAAGGCAGCGGCGCUGCCAAGGCGAAGAAACAGAGCGAGCCUCAGCGCGACACGACUGAUGGACGCCCGACCCCGGCCGAGGUGGAGGAAGAGGAGCAUCAGUUUGUGCAGCUUGCGCGAAAGCAUUGGCUGAAGUCGGGCAAGAAGCCAGCGAAACCCAAGGUCAAGAACGAUGUUCUCAAACAGAGCAUCUGGGAGGUGCUUGAGCGCGAGGGCUUCCAGUACAAGUCUCUCUUGCUCCUCGAGAGCUUGCAGACUUUGGAGAGUUACUUAUGGCCAGGAUACACCGAGGAAGCGUCCAACUUUCACGUUUUGUUGAUUGCGCUCAUCGCCAACGUGAAGCGACGGGAACACCUUGAGACAUGGAGCCUCUUCGAGGAUCGACCCGCCGACUUUUCUUCAUUGUUUCGACGACUCCUGUCCAUGAUGCUCGACCGAACGCUCUCUGUUACCGUCCGAACCCAGCUCUUAUGCUUCCUGAUUCACGCCUUCCAGAGCCUUGACUGCGCCCUUGUCCGAAAGGAAUGCGCUCCUCUUGUCUCAAUUGGAAUCUGGCACAACUUGUCGACUGAGACGGCACGCGAGGCCAGUCUUGACCAACUCCCGCAUCUCCGGAAAGCUUGGAAGGCGGCGCAUAAGCGAUAUGAUGCUGCCGACGAGCCCAACAAAGCUCGGCUCCGAUUCGAGCGGUCAUGGCUUUAUACUCUCCUUCUUGAUUUCUUGGGCCUGUUAUAUACGGAGAACAGUAAAGCUGACCAAGUCCUCUACUGUGAGCGAUUCAUAGAAUUCCUGUCUGAUCUCCAGAGCCAGCUGCCAACAAGGCGUUAUGUCAAUUCUUUGAUCAAGGAUCUUCACCUUGUCUCUGCCAUUCGGUUAUCGCCAAUGUUCAACGAUGAAGAAAACACACUCCUUCGUGACCUUCACGCCCUCUUUUCCCACUAUACAUACUUCACCAUCGAUGAUCAGACAGGAGCCCAACAUAGCCAGACGGAGGCAUAUGACAAGCAUUGCGCAUCGCUUGCGAAGCUGCAGCGCGUCGCCUUGAAACAUUUCAAGGAGAAGUUGACUGUGCUGGCUCUGUCCAACUACGGCGCUAUUGAUCAGAGGGAGGAAUUGGAAUCUCUUCUUGAGCCCUUGACGGACGAGGAGCUUCUUAAUCUUGUGUCAUUGCUUGGCCUCCGAACGGCAUAUCCGGAAAGCCUGAACAUCCCCCUUAAUCGUAAGUUCUUUCUUGAAGUGCUCUUGUCCACCUUUGAGCGCAGGAAGACCUUCCAGGAGGCAGCUCGAAAUAUGGCAUUGGCGCCAACGGAGCAGGCAUUGUUCGACAACAGUUUCCAGCAGGCAGAGAACUACGACGGUUCACAUCCCAUGGCUCUCCCGAAACUGAACCUUCAAUAUCUAUCUGUUGGUGACUUUCUGUGGAGGGCGCUUGUCUUGUAUCGGUGCGAAGCGUUCUACGGAGUGCGCAAGGAUAUUGAAUCGGCCUUGAGACGCCUGCGCCCUGAAUCUAAGCGACCCGGCGAGACAAACUUUGGUGGAUUCUCAAAGAUGGCGAUGCCAAUUUCGAAGCCGGCGAUCCUCGAGGUUGUGCCACCCCUUGUUGGAAGCGACCAGCCCUCGAUGGUGCGCGCAGAGGUCUCAUUUGACAUUCGCCGACUGGGAGAUGGCGUUCGCCGAGAAUGGGACUCUCUCCGCCAGGAUGAUGUGGUGUUCUUGCUUGCGAUUGAACCGCCACCAGCCAAGUCGGUUAGCAACGGGGGCGAUGCUCUGACCGAGUCCGAAAGGCUUGGUGUCAUCACUGUUCGAGCCGCCGAGGUUCAUCAGAUUACAGACGACAAGGGCCGUCAAGUUCGAGAUGGAGCGGGCAAUCUUGACCAGAAGCGUCGCAUCCAGCUCAAGCUGGACCCUCAGACAUACAGCAAAGAUGCUGAGCGGGCAGCUGCUGGCAAGCCAGACGUAUAUGGUCAGGUCAACCUACUUCUAAGACGAGGUAGGAGGGAAAAUAACUUCAAGCCUGUGCUCGAGUCUAUCCGAAGCCUUGUCCUGUCUGAAGUUCCCUUGCCGUCCUGGCUCCAUGAGGUUUUCCUCGGUUACGGUGACCCUGCUGGAGCAACGUACAAGAACCUGCCCAACCGGGAACGGAGGGUAGACUUUAGGGAUACAUUCCUCGACUGGCAGCACUUGACUGAGAGCUUGCCUGGCAAGAUCAUUGACCCGGGUGAUGAAGUGUCUGGUAGCUUUGGGCCACCCUACGUGUUGGAGUCGGUUGAGAAGGUAGAGGAGCCUCAGGGGACCAAGCCAUCCAAGAAGCGACGCCGAGACGCCGAUCCCGCGCUCAUUUCUGAGAUCGAGACCCUCAAAGUCUCGAGCUAUAAGCCUUCGAACCCCGGGCCGUACCCUAUCAACGCACCUCGACUGAACUCGGUGCGAUUUACUCCAGCUCAGGUUGAGGCCAUCACAUCAGGCACACAGCCCGGCCUCACCGUUGUUGUUGGUCCCCCUGGAACGGGAAAAACAGAUGUUGCCACACAGGUCAUCAACAAUAUCUACCACAACUACCCAGAGCAAAAGACGUUGCUCCUUGCGCAUAGCAACCAGGCUCUCAACCAACUAUUCGCCAAGAUUGUUGCUCUGGACAUUGACGAACGACAUCUCUUGCGUCUUGGACAUGGCGAGGAGGAACUCGACACUGAAGGCAACUUCAGCAAGCAUGGACGUGUCGAAUCUUUCCUUGAGAACCGGGACCGUUAUCUCCUCGAAGUGAGGAAGCUGGCGGCCAGCCUAGGCGCACCCGGUGCUCAUGAGAAUUCGGCAGAGACCGCUGGCUAUUUCAAUACAGUCUACGUUGUACCUGCAUGGAACAAGUUCCUGCAGAUCGCCAACGCCGACGCCUCAAGCGUGGCUGAGAUUGUGGAAGCUUUCCCCUUCCAUGCAUACUUCUCCGAUGCUCCUCAACCUCUCUUCCCUGCCGAUGGCGACCGAGAGACGAUUCUUGAUAUCGCCCAGGGCUGCUAUCACCACAUCUCCAAGAUCUUCUCGGAGCUGGCCGACGCACUGCCGUUUGAGAUUCUUCGACGAGACCGAGACAAGGCCAACUACUUGCUUACGAGCGAGGCGCGGAUCAUCGCCAUGACAACGACGCACGCGGCCAUCAGGAGAGGAGAGAUUGCAUCUCUCGGCUUCCACUAUGACAAUGUGGUCAUGGAAGAGGCUGCCCAGGUCACAGAGAUCGAGACCUUUUUGCCUUUGACGAUGCAGAAACCUCAAAAGGGCAAGAUGGCUCUUCAGCGAGUUGUGCUCUGCGGUGAUCACUUCCAAAAUUCACCAGUCAUUCAGAGUCUUGCAUUCCGUCACUACGCCAAUCUCGAGCAGUCUCUCUUCUCCCGGCUGGUCCGACUUGGCGUUCCCACCGUGACGCUCGACCAGCAGGGACGUGCCCGUGCCUCGAUUGCCAGUCUGUAUCAGUGGCGAUACCCGAGCCUGGACAACCUUCCCAGCGUGCAGACCAACCCCGAAUUCGUCAAGGCCAACGCGGGAUUCAAGUUUGAUUACCAGUUCAUCAACGUGCCUGACUACAAGGGUCGCGGCGAGGCCGAGCCGACGCCACAUUUCAUCCAAAACCUUGGAGAGGCUGAGUAUGCCGCGGCCAUCUACCAGUACAUGCGUCUGCUCGGGUACCCGGCGGAGAAGAUCACCAUCCUUACGACUUAUGCUGGUCAACGGGCGCUUGUCAAGGACGUGCUGUCACAUCGAUGCGCCCGAAACCCAAUCUUUGGUCUCCCCAAGGCAGUGGCUACGGUGGACAAGUACCAGGGCGAGCAGAAUGACUAUAUCAUCUUGUCUCUCACUCGAACGUCAAGAGUAGGUUAUCUGCGCGAUGUGCGACGCAUGACUGUGGCCCUAUCCCGAGCACGACUCGGUCUAUAUAUCCUUGGUCGUCGGGAAGUGUUUGAAGCAUGCCCUGAGCUACGCCCUGCCUUUGACCAGUUGCUGCAGAGACCGGACAAGCUCAUGCUUGUCACGGGAGAGCUGUGGCCAACGGAGAGGGAUGCAGCCGAAGGAGAUGGUGCUGUAGAGGGCGAAGUACCCAUGGAAGGAGUCGAGCACUUGGGACAAUACGUGUUUGAAAUGACCAACACCAAAAUCAAGCAGCUAGAGGCAGAACAAGGUGGGAUGCCCGAGCCAAUUAUCGAAGAGGUCGAGGAGGUUGAAGAAGGAUACGGCGAGGAAGAUGGCGAAGAGGAUGUCGAAGCAGACAUCUUGGAAGUACGAGAAGGAGAGUGA